AUGUUUUCGAAACUCAACGUAGCCCUCUGGGCUAUUCCCGCCCUCAACUACUUCUCUCAGUGCUCGGGGUAUCUCUUCGCACCAGACGAUGACCAGGUCAUAACAGACCCUCGACUGCCGGUCUUGUUCGACAUUCCCGCACCCCAAACGCUGCUCCCCACCCCCGAGAGCCCCGUCGCCGGCUACUGGACCUCCUCGUUCCUGACUACCACCACCGGAUCGCAAUACUUUCUCGCCACAGGAGUGGUUGUCUCCACGCAGGACCAGCUUGCGGGCUAUGGCUUCUCUCUCCUCGACCUUGCGACUCUGAACCGCGUCUCGCAUUCGAGCAUAACCACCUCCUUUGCCAACUCCGACAUUAUCGGUCUCAGUUUCGCCGGACCUCGAUACAAAAUCUCAGAUCUCUCGACGAAUGGACUGGGCAUGACUGUCCAAGGCGACGCAGAGAACGCUUCGGUCAAUCUGACAAUCCACCCGACCUCGCGUGCACUCUACUACGGCGGUUCUGGUGCGUGGAUGUAUGUCGACAAGCCCAUGUAUGGAUGGGCACUGCCAGCCGCUCAAACAUCCGGCAACAUCACCCUUCCUUUCCCUGUUGAGAAUGCUUCAGCCCCUACCAAUGAGACUACCGGAGACGCUGCCGUCGCGAUCAUUGACCCGUCUGCAUCGCUUACCUGGUACGACCACCUCUGGGGCCAUAUGGGUCUUCAAGAGGGCAACAUAACCUGGUUCAACUUGUUCGUCGAUGACAAGGCCGAACGCGACGGUGAUCACGAUGACAAGGAGCUCAACUUGGCCCUGGUGUCGUACCUGCUGGAUAGCGUCAAUCCGCCCUUCUUCUCGCGCAGCAUCCAUGUUCGACAACGCGAUCGCAACGAGAGCGCCCUUGCAAUCAUUCCCGUCGACAGAUUCGAGCCCAGCUCUGAUCCCAGCGCAAUCUGGACAUCUCCUCUUACGGGACUUUCUUAUCCGCAGCGCUGGGACUUGGGCAUUGAAGGCCGUGGAUUGCUGACAAUCAGCAGCGUGCUUGGUGACCAGGAACUUGUGGAUCCUGGCAGCGGCGGCACAACCUAUGUCGGAUUUGUGACUGUCGAAGGACAAUUUGAUGGGAAGCAGGUCAGUGGAUAUGGAAGUGUGGAGGUGAAGUUUGUUCAGCGACUUCCUUAG